AUGACUUCGACACGCACAUCUCUCUCUACGACCUCGUCUCUGAGCUCAUCCUUCCCAGAGCUGUCCGCGAACAUCCUCCCGUCUUCCGCUACGACUGUGGCCACGCUUCUUUCGGCGAAUCAUAGCUCGCAUCACUGCUUCUUCAACACGCGAGGCAUGCACAACCACUCUGCACACCAACUCAUCGCCGACCUCACGCUGUCAGCUACGCCAUCACAACUUGAACAACACUACGACUACCAGAUUGCGCACUACCUAAGCGACUUUCGGUACAGCAAUCGGUCGGCGUACGAUCCGCACCACGCUUCCUCCACCGAACAAGCAACCAAGAUCGAAAAGAUCAACCCGGACAAGUGGCAGGAUCAUUUGGGAAACGCGAGGUACUACUGGUCCUACCUGCACUUUUUCGACGAGCAAGUGCAACAGCUAGGCUUCAGCCAAGCAUUGGAAAAGUACGUGCUGAGUAGAGACGCGAACCAAGCCAACGCCAAGAUGCUGGCUCGGUUUUAUGGCGGAGUGUUGCAUGCCUGGAUCCAUUUUGGAUAUGCAUUGGAGCUGACACUGAAUGAGCUGGCAGGUGAGGCGUUGGCCAUGGCUAGUGCGACUGCUGCGGGUCAUGCAUGGCUAUUUGACUAUGAUUGGCUGUUCAAGGUCGAUUGUUGCAGUGGGCAGGAAAGCGGCGUGCUCGAGCUGGUCGACGAGAUUCAGCAGGAUGAGCGGCUCAGCGUGCAAGCUCUGCGCCUCAGCGAGCAUGAUUCGGCGUUACCGGAUGCACCGUUUCAGAGUGGACGCGCGCGCGGCGUCAUUCAGUCUUACGUCGACCGAUGGUCCUCAGUCUCGAACGUGGAGAAAGCGCUCGGCGAACUGUCGCUCUUCUCGGCGCUUCUGCUUGGCGCUGUCCCGCGCCAGUCCGACCAACGUGCGUACAAGCACGACUUUUUCUUGAUGCAUCUGAACAACUCGCACCUGUUCACACCACUUUUGCUCGACGCCGUCCCCACCCAAGCACACAAACUCGGCCUACUGCGUGGGCUGCUAGCUCAGUUCUGCUGGUACUACGUCUGUCGUGGACGUCCGCGUUUCAGUGCGCAAAACUGGAUCGACCAGUACAACGCUCAAACCGUGUUGGAUUGGGAUACAAUGUUUCUCCAGGCCACGCAAAACGUCGAUGAACACCUGCCGAAAGCGGUCCGCGCACUGUACGUCUUCGAACGCCGCUACGCUGACAUGCAGCCACAGUUGCUCGAGUCGAAUUUGCUCACGGCACAGUCCAAGUCGCAGGGAGAUGCGUGGUCGGCAGCGGCAAGUGUUUUUAGGUACACCGCAAGCCAGAUGGUCAGGAUGCAUAGUGGUGAAUUACAGAAGAGCAGGUAUGACGCGCACGCUCACAGCAUGGCGCAGAGCGUAGGCGCUCAUCAGGAGUUCUGGUCUUUCGAGCCGUUUUUAUCUUGA